AUGAAUCGAGACCAGAAGGCCCGAGGCAUCGUCCGCGCCGCCGUUACGGGGCUCAUUCAUCGGCUCGAAGCCCUCUCCAGUAGUGAUGAGCCCUCGCUCCCCGAAGUCGAAGAUACGGCGCGUCUCCUUGAGCAGAAGUCUAGGGAGCUCAAGGAUCUCGACACAACCGUUCAAGCAGGAAUAAGCGACGAGCAGUUCGAGGAAGAUUUCACAGCGGCCAGUCGGUAUCAGGACGACAUCUGCCUCGCGGUUUCCAAGGCCCAACGCCUCAUACGAAGCUCUGCGGUUGCUCCCACAGCUCUCUCCGAUCAACGGCCGCAAACUGCACCUUCAAUAGCCGCCGGUAGCCACCAGUCAGCCACGGUUCGGUCCGUCGUUCUUCCCAAGUUGCACGUGCCGGCAUUCUCAGGCAAGGUGGAUGAUUGGCAGGGAUUUUGGGACCACUACCGGACAACGAUUCAUGAGUGUGCUUCCCUGCCAAAGAUCGAGAAGUUUAAAUAUCUUCUCUCUUAUCUGUCCGGACCUGCUAGGCGAGCCAUCGAAUGGAUUGGGAUUUCUGAUUCCAAUUACGAUACGGCCAUCAGUACACUGCAACAAAGAUUCGGACGACAGGCAGCACUCGUGGACGCACACAUCGACAAGCUCUUAAGUCUUCAUCCUGUAGCAGCUGCGAAGGACGUCGAGAAGCUCAGGGAUCUCUACGACUCAAUCAAGUUCAGAACGGGCUGCCUCAACAACCUCGGCGUUCCCCAAUCAACUUACGCGGUGAUACUGCAUCGCGUUGUGAUGCGCUGCCUUCCUGAGGAGCUGGCCGUCGAGUUUCGGCAACGGCAGAUCGAGCGCGCUGAGUCGACCGGCCACGCCACCGGAUCCACUGCCUCACAGUCUGUUACGAGCGACAUCCUUACCGCAGAACGGAUCAAAGCCGUCGAAGACGUAAUGAAGUUUUUUCGUAGUCACAUAGAAAGUCGAGAAGACUGCCGCCUCGCCCAUCGCAAGCCUCUCGCACGUGAAUCUUCAGACUCCUUCAGUGAUGCUCCCCCGACAGCCUUGUCCUUAACCGCACGAUCGACACCGACAAGCAGUCCUCCACGGAGUUGCCCGCUAUGCAACAGCACUGCCCAUGGGAUAACGGAAUGUCAAGCCACGCUUCCUCCGUCUGAGAAGCGAAGGCUUCUCGCGGCCAAUCGCUGUUGCUUCAAAUGCGGCAAACGCAACCAUUUAGCGCGGGAAUGUCGAUCGUCGAGAUCACUCACAUGCAUGACAUGUCGUGGGCACCACCUUUCGCUGCUUCACGACAUUCAACCAAGCCGUCCUGAUCGCUCUCCGGCUGCCGUCAACGCCGUCCAUACCCCCGACCCGGGAUCACAGAUCCAGAUACCCAACCGGGAGCACCGAGACAGUUCAAGCGCAUCCAAUUCACCGGUGACCACAGCAGCGUGCCUCCGACGAACUCAGUUUGUUUUGUUGCAAACUGCUCGAGCUUUCGCCAUCGGAAACACCGGCACUAGUCUUGUUCGGGUGCUCUUCGACACUGGUAGCCAUCGUUCUUAUAUCCGUCAAGACGUCGCCACACAGCUCCAAUGCCCAGUUCUUGGCACGGAGAGCAUAACCGUAUACACCUUUGGGCGUAGCAAGACUCCAACAACGUACCAUUGUCGGAGGGUAGCCUUGACGCUCAGGAGCCAGUACCAUCCAGAAACAAUUACUUUCGAGGCACUAGAAGUUCCUGAGGUCUGUGCGGUUACCAAUCACUCCUUGGACGCAACACUCUUGAAUGAGAUGCACGACCUGGGUCUGGACAUCGCCGAUGCAUCGUCUCCCGCAGACCCCGUCGAUGCGGUCAUCAGCAUUCUGAUUGGGUCGGACGUUUACUGGACGAUGGUAACCGGCAGCAUUCGACGUCUCCGACCGGAUCUAACAGCUGUGGAAACCUGUCUCGGAUGGGUGAUUCACGGAUCCUAUCCUCACUCCACACCUGCUCCGUCUACAGUAGUAACGGCACUCUCGCUUGCGUGCGGGCCAAUAGAACCCUGUGACCUCGACCCAGCUGAGAUGUGGAAGCUGGACACCCUUGGAAUCACUGACCUCGCCGACGGGAAAACUCAGAGUCACCCAGCGCAACAACAGUUCGAAGAUUAUGUCACGUUUCAGGGAGACCGGUACCAGGUACCACUCCUCAUCAAGCCCUCUUGCUGUGGAGUCUUAGCUGAUAAUCGCAGCAUCGCGCAGACGAGACUACUCUCGCAGCUUCGGCGUCUUCGAGACCAUCCGGAUCUCCUAAAGCAGUACCACGACACGAUUUCCGAAUAUUUCCUCGAAGGCCACGCAGAGAAGGCCCCGGAGGUACCUCAGGAGAACCUCUACUAUCUUCCUCACCAUGCUGUAAUCCGGAAGGAAGCAGUGACAACAAAGGUUCGCGUGGUAUUCGACGCUUCGUCACACGUCAGCGGUGCCCCAUCGUUAAACCAAGUACUGCAGAAGGGGCCCAACAUCAACGCAGACUUACUGCUUCAGUUGGUGUCCUUCCGUUGUUAUCCUAUCAUUCUCACCGCGGAUAUCCGGAAAGCGUACCUGCAGAUCUUAAUUCGUCCCGAAGACCGUGACGCAUUGCGUUUUCUGUGGCCAGAAGACCUUCCAUGUCCAGAAAACCCAUGCCCCCAGAUCCAGGAAUGGAGAAUGACGCGUGUCCCCUUUGGAGCCGCAUCUAGUCCGUUUCUCCUAGCCGCCACACUCCGUCACCACUUCGAUAGUGUACAACAUAAGUACCCAGCGGCUACAGAGCGCCUUCGACACGCUUUCUACGUGGACGACCUCAUCGUAGGAGCCACAUCAGAAGAAGACGCGCUUCAGAUUUAUCGUGAGGCAGUCACGAUGCUGCUCGAAGCUAGCGUGGAUCCUGGCCCCGGGGAGGAUGUUAAAGAUUGA